AUGCCAAAAACAGCAUCGGCCGACGGGAACAGGCCAUGGGUUCUUGUGGCCAUCUUCGGCGCGUUUCUCACCGUUCUCUUCGGCAUCUAUUUGAAUUUCCCGGAGAUGUCCGACGAAGACAAGCUGUACAUGAAGUAUCCGAGAAGUCUGGACGAUGCCAAGAACCUCGGCCGCGUGCUCUCCAAGUACAAGGAAGACAACGUUGCCGUGGUGCUCAUCGGGGUGAUCGUCGUCUACAUCACGCUCCAGUCCUUCGCCAUUCCCGGCUCGAUUUUCUUGACGAUCCUCUCGGGAUACCUGUUCCCGUUCCCCAUCGCGAUUCUGCUGGUGUGCUCCUGCUCCGCCUUCGGAGCCGUCGUCUGCUACAUGCUGUCUCAUCUCUUCGGACGCUCCAUCGUGAUGCGCCGCUUCCCGGAAAGAGUCGCCAAAUGGCAGGAGGACGUCUCGAAACACCGUGACGACUUCCUCAACUACAUGAUCUUCCUCCGGGUCACGCCGAUCGUCCCGAAUUGGCUCAUCAACAUCGCCAGCCCGGUUCUCGACGUCCCUCUGUCUCCCUUCUUCUGGGGCACUUUCCUCGGCGUCGCUCCUCCGAGCUUCCUCUACAUCCAAGCCGGCUCCACCUUGGAGCAGAUGACCCAUACGAACGUCGCUUGGAGCUGGAACUCGAUACUUUUGAUCUCAUUCUUUGCCGUUUUAUCGCUUGUUCCUAUUUAUUACAAGAAAAAGUUCAAAACUGAGUAA